GGUUCAGACCCACGCGGCGAGCAGCUCUUCAGUGAAGAAGGAAGCAAUCGGAGGGUCAGCAAUGAACGUGGAGCAUGAGGUUAACCUCCUGGUGGAGGAAAUUCAUCGUCUGGGUUCCAAAAAUGCCGAUGGGAAACUGAGUGUGAAGUUUGGGGUCCUCUUCCAAGACGACAGAUGUGCCAAUCUCUUUGAAGCGUUGGUGGGAACUCUGAAAGCCGCAAAACGAAGGAAGAUUGUUACGUACGCAGGAGAGCUGCUUUUGCAAGGUGUUCAUGAUGAUGUUGACAUUGUAUUGCUGCAAGAUUAAUGUGGUUUGCAGAUCUGGGGGUAUCUGGUAAACUGGAAUAAUUAAGUUAAAGGACAAACAUGAAGUUCCUUAUGUAUUUUUAUAGACCUUUGUAAACAAAAGGGGACUUGUUGAGAAGUCCUGUUUUUAUACCUUGGAGCAAAACAUUACAAUGUAAAAAUAAACAAAACCUGUUAUUUUUUUUUUCUUAAGAAGGUAAUCGGGAGACGUAGGCAAUAAAAUGUUUUCAGAGGUGCGAAAAAGCUUUUGUUUUCUUAAACCAUUCUUAGUCUCUGCCACACUUGACACUCCGUCAAAGUGAGAAGCGAACUAAAGACCAACUGCGGUGGAAAAUAUUAUGUUUAUGUAAUAAAAAAAAAUCAUGUAACUGCA